AUGUCACAAUUUUUAAUUGAGCAAAUUAGAUACUUACAUGAAGAAAUUGAAUUAAUAGAAAAAGCCUUAGCAGAAUUAAUUGAAGAAAAAGUAAAAAAUAGUAAGAAAAAUAUUUUAUAUGAUUAUUCUAUAAAUUAUUUAGUAGAAAAGAUUCAGAAAAAAUCAAAAACACUUUUACAAUUUUAUAAUGAUGAAGAUAAUUUAAAAAAGGAAGAAAUGCAAUUCAUUGCAGGGAAGACUAAUGAUGAAAAAAAUGAUGUAUGGAAGAAUUAUUAUGAAAGAAUUAAAUAUAUAAGAGAUUAUCAUAAAAAAACUAAUAUUAAAAAAAUAGAAGUGAAAAGUUAUAAAUCAUAUAAAAAUGAAGCUUUAAAAAAUAACAAUUUAAAAGAAAUGUUUUCUCCAUUAGAAAAAAAAGGGAAAUAUGUUGAUAUGAACAAAUUUUAUAAUGAUUUUAUAAAUAUAAAAAGAAUUAAAGAAUUUAGAUUAAGUAUGUUCAAAAAAAAAGAAAUGGCUAGAUUAAAAAAAAAAAAUUUAAAUGAAAAAAGUGCUUUUAAUAAAACAAGUGAAUUUAAAGAAAUGGAUAUAGUAACAUACUUACACAAUUUUACAAGAUUUUAUUAUAUACCUAGAUAUUGUAAAUAUAGAAAUGAAGAAUAUAAAAGUUAUUUAGAAAGUUUGUUAGAUUAUUUAAUGAAUUAUUUUGCAAAAAUAAAUAUACUAGUAGAUUGUAAAAAGACUUAUGUACAAUAUGAAAAAAAUUUCAAUGAAAAAUUCGAAAAUAAAGAAGUGAAAGGUUGGGAAAAAUACACCUAUGAUUUAGAUUUUUAUUGUAAUAUAAACAAUAAGUUGUAUGCAUCGGAAGGAACAUAUAAAAGUUAUUUAAAAAGUAAAAAAUAUGAUGAUGAUUUAAAAAAAUAUUUAAAGAAUGAGUAUACAUUGGAACAGGAAGAAGAAAUUAAAAAAAAAAUAGAAAAAGAAGAUAGAGAAAUUGCAAAAUGCGAAUAUUUAAUUGAAUUAUAUAAGAAUUUACUAAAUAAACUUUUUCAAAAAACAAUACAAAAUAUACAAAGAAAACAAGCAUAUACUGUAGAUGAAUUGCAAAAAAGAAAAAAAACAGAAAAAAAAAAUGAAUAUAUAUUAAGUAUAAAUGAUGAUAUUAACAACAAUGAUAAUAAUAUUGAUCUUACACAUAAUUUAUCUUCUUCUAUGUAUUCUUCAAAUGAUGAUACUUCUGAAUUCUCAGAAAUAGGUAGUAAUGAUGAAGAAGAAAAUGAAGAAGACAAACCAAUAUAUAAUCCUCUAAAUUUACCACUAGGUUAUGAUAAUAAACCAAUACCAUAUUGGUUAUAUAAAUUACAUGGAUUAUCAAAAGAAUAUAAAUGUGAAAUUUGUGGAAAUUAUUCUUAUUUUGGUAGAGCUAUGUUUGAAAAACAUUUUUAUGAAUGGAGACAUUCAUUUGGAAUGAAAUGCUUAAAGAUACCAAAUACACUACAUUUUAAAGAAAUUACAAAAAUUGAAGAUGCUUUAAAUUUAUAUGAAAAAUUAAAAAAACAAACACAACUAAAUAUUUUUAAACCAGAUCAAGAAAUAGAAUGUGAAGAUUCUAAAGGUAACGUUAUGAAUAUAAAAGCAUAUGAUGACCUGAAAAGACAAGGAUUACUCUAA